AGGCCCGGUUCUGCAAAUUCGAAGCUUUGCCCCCCGCCAAUUGGCGAGCUCGAAGUUGGCUAAAUGGCGAAGUUGCCAGCAGGAACCGCAAGGGACAUGCGGAUUUCCCGCGCCAGUGAUGAUCUCUCAACCGGGGGGGCUCUGACAGUCAGCUGUGUGCAGCUGCACUUCCCACGAAAUAUUCCCGGAAUGUUGUUUGUUGAACAGUCACAGAGACCUUCACAGACAGGGCAUGGUUGCCCACGAGCUCUCGCUAGCAUGGCCGCACUAUAGAUAUCUAUGUAAAUCUUCUUGCCAGGGAUAGGAUAUGCAUGAAGUUCAGGAAAUUGGGUGCGCGAAA